AUGCCAGAUCUCAAGCUUCUACGAACCAUAUUCAUCGUGGUUUUAAUUUUCAAUAUAUGUUAUCUUAUCAAGUCCAGGUUCCUCAAAUUUCCUAAUGUAGGUCAAAUCGAAAAUUCCACUGAUCCUGAUGUUGAGUACAUUCUUGAUCAUGAGGUGGUAUCAAAAGAAAAGAUGACUAUAAAUCAAGAUGGCAGUUAUGAUUCUUCAACUGCACAACAAACGAUUUUACAACUAUUGAAAAAAGUUGCAACCAACGAAAAUAAUGAAUUUUGGUUGGGCAACUCCAGUAUGGAGUUUCCUUCUGUAGAUCUAAAUCCAAAGGAUUUCUUGCCUCCACAGGAAAAAGGUCAAAUCACUUGGCAGAAUAACCAUUUGUUGUAUUAUGAACCUAGAUUUACUUUGGCUGUAUAUUUAGAUGAAUUACGACACCAAUUCGAAACUCAAAAUCCUAAAAACUUAAUGGAUAAGGAUAAUUUAAUUGAAUUACCUUUUGCUUGGUCCGAUUGGGUUGAUUUGACUGCUUUGAAUGAAGAAUUAUCUAAACCAGUUGAUCAGCGUUAUAAUUGUGAUUGGUUGCAAAGAUUUUCCAACAAACGGCCAAAAUUUUCGGAUUAUUGUGUUGAUUUGGUUAAUCUCACUGAUGAUGAAUUGAAACAAAUGGGUUUUACAAGAGAACAGUUGCCAGGAUAUGUAGUGAAAAAAUCACCAAUGAAUAAAGCUACCCAUAAGCCAGUAAUGAUGCAAGGAAAGUCAUUCUUGUUGACUCAUCAAGAAAACCCAUUCUCGAUGAUUUUCUUAACUCCCAAUGGUACUUAUGAAGCUCAAAUUUCACCAAAGAGAGAAAGACUUGUUGAUAGUGACUUAUUUGAAAGAUUCUUGAUGCGUCGUGGAAUUGACGCUAACCAUUUAGAUGAAAAUUUGCGAAUCUCUUUUAAUCCUCAAGAAGAGUUUGGAAAAUUGUUAUCUACUAUUCAGCCACGUCCCCUUGAUCCAGACGAUGAUAUCCAUGGUGUGAAUAAAAUUACUAAAAAUAAAUCAGAUACAACAAUCACAAGAGAAAUAAAUCUAGAUCCUUCCUACUUUCAUUAUUCUCAAGCGGAUAUCGAUAGACAAAUAAUUGAGUUUGAGGAAAGGUUGGGUCAAAUUGAUCAGAAAAGGGGAGAAAACAAACUUGAAUCCAAUACUGAUUUAACCCCUCGUGAAUUGAAUUAUUAUCAAAGUCUAAAGUAUUGUAAUUUAUUUUCUGCCAAAGAUGAACCCACUUAUUAUAAGUUGGCUACUUUAAGGAGAAGUAAGUUAAAUCUAGAUACUGGCUGGCAUUAUGAAUGGAGAUUUUUCAAUGGGGCUAUGAAAUUUUUGAAAGAUGAUAGUUGGACAUAUCCACAACUAGAAGUCCGUGAACAGAUUAUUUUAGAUAGAUUACUUCGGAAUUGGUUUAAAUUUGCUGAAGCUAAAGGAAUUGUUUCUUGGAUUGCACAUGGUCCAUUGUUAGCUUGGUUUUGGAAUGGUUUGAUGUUUCCAUAUGAUAUUGAUAUUGAUCUUCAAAUGCCCUCUUCUGAAUUGGCUCGAUUAGCUCUUAAUUAUAAUAUGACUAUAGUCGUCGAAGAUUUAAAUGAAGGGUAUGGUAAAUAUUUGAUUGAUUGUUCAACUUUUCUCCACCAUAGAAAUAUUCCUGGAAGAGAUAAUUACAUUGAUGCAAGAUUUAUUGAUAUUGAUACUGGUAGCUAUAUUGAUAUCACGGGAGUAGGAAUGAAUGAUGAAAAACCUCCAUACAGAUUCCAUGAAUAUGUGGACGACAGAAAAUCAAAAGAUCUACCAGUAGAACUUUAUAUGGAUAGAAGAAAGCAUUGGACAACUUAUGAAAGCAUUAACCCCUUGAGAUAUUCGAUGCUUGGGGGAACUCCGGUGUUGGUUCCCAAUGAUAUAAUGACGAUGUUAACUUAUGAAUAUAGAAAAGGUGUAUCAUCGUAUUAUUUCCAAGGUUACUAUUAUGUUCCAGCAGUAAGACUAUGGAUAGAAGAAUCUCAACUUUUACCUGCGUUUGAACCUGAGAAGUAUGAAUCCCCUAGUGAAGAGCAGAGACGGCAGAAUAUCAUAGAAUUAAUCGAAAACAUGAACUUUGAAGACAAGGUUAGAUUGUUGAUGAUAAACAGGCAUGUUCUAAUCGAGUACUAUAUAACACAAAGAGCAACUGGUUUGCAUGAAAGAGAAAAAAAACUUAUGUUUGAUAGUACAAUGACGAAACUGUUAUUGAAUCUUGAAGGAAACAAUGAGUAUAAUCAUUUGACUGCAAAGUUUGAGUUGACAAAACCUUUCCGAAAAUCUUUAUUCGAUUUUGAAUACUUUGGGAGGUUCAAUCAUAUGCCAGCUCCUAAUUAUUCCAAAAAACCAGAAGGAGAGAAAAAGUCUGAGUAG